GCACAGGGUGCAUGGGCCCCUGGCGCAGGGCUGGGCGCGGGGGCGCUGGCGCUGAGUGAAGGGGUGGUGAGUCCCACGUGCAGCCUCGCCCCAUGUGGGAACCCAGGCGCACGCUCCAAGCGUCUGUCACCUUCGGUCUCCGCGCGGGCCUGUGGAGAAGCCCCCGGUGCGCUUCUGGUCUCCAGCCAAGCCACUGUCGUUUCCUGCGCCUGGAGUCUGUAGUUGUGAACAACUUCCCCUUGGAGCAGCGCCUGGCGCGGUUGGAGCCCUGCGCUGGAGACUGUCCAGAGCAGUGGGAAGCUCUACACGUCUACGGGAGGAAAGCUAUCCCCCGGGUCCUAUCCGAAACACUUGUCCUGAGUGUCCAGGUAUCCGCCAGGCACACACGUGUGUUCACGGGGUUCCUCGCCAUGUGGGGAUCCCCGGCCGUAGGUCUCAGAUUACAGGUUGGAAUCUGGGCCAGCUGGGAACUCCAGAGUGCAUCUAGAAGCAGCUGUCUCCCAGGCUGCCCCCAGUCCUGGAGCCGUAGUCCUCGGAGCUCCCUGCUGGGGCCCGACCUGGCUCGGGGAGAACCUUGCUCCGCGUCCGCCCUUUCCUCUGCACCCCCACCCCAGGCCCCAGUACAGGUGGCCUUUCCUUCCGGGGGCCCUGCUGCUCCUGUGUGGCGGCCCGUGCUCCCGGGAUGGGGCCAAGCAACUCCCCGUGACCCUGCAGUCCAGCCAUGGGCCCAUGAGCUGGCAGCCCCCCGCUUGUUUUGGAAGCUUUGGGAAGCGCGUCCGGUGGUGCGGAGCCAAGUGUGGGAGACUGUGUGGGAGGGACGCACCUUCCAAAGUGGGCCCGGCCCGGUGUGGCGGGUGUCCCUUUAGUUCGGAUCAGUGCCACCGCUCACGGCCCUGGUUGGUGGCCCCGCAGUGCCGGCUCCUUGAGGCCUGGCCCUUCUCUCCAGUGAGGCCUGUCGGGGCGUUUCCGCCUGUGACGGGUGGCAGAGGUCAGCGCUGCCUCGCGGCCCCCUCCCUGCAGUUCUGCCCUGGAUGCCCCUGCAGGGGCCCUCUCCCCGUGGGGAGCCAGGGGUGCUGGUGAAGGGCGGGCCCAGGACUGUGCCCCCCACGGGAAGUUGGAGGAGGGCCUUACGUGGGUGGAAGGGACAGCUUUAAAGCAACGCUCAGGAAAAAACGUCAAGCAGGGAUGACAGUGGCCAUUUCUGAAGGGAGCCCCGCGGGGUCUGGUACCUUCUGUGCUUCUUGGCAUCCUCACUGCUGUUUCUGCUCCCCUGGCACGGGGUAGGGGGAGGCUGGGCUCCAGGGGUCACUGGGCCGCCACGGGGCGGUAGAGGUUUCCUACGAUAGGCAGCUGCCUUUGUCCGGGCUGGGCAUCUUCACUCACGUCCUUGGAGAGUGGGUCCCUGGCACCCGGGCUGAGUGAGAAGCACAGAGGUAGUUUGAGUCCCUCUUUCUGGCGCGUGUGAUGGCCCUUCCCAGCCCCCGUGAGGAGGCUGCCUUCCUUCGGCCACCCCUGCUGGGUGGCAGGCCUGAGGCUCAGGGGCUCCUUGAGCAGAUGUUUUCGGAGACGGCAGGUAGAAGGCUCCCCGUGCAGCCUGGGAGACCCGCCAGCCAGGGGGCUGCGAGACCGUGUGCACGUGAGCCCAAGGUGAGCCCUUGGCCCUUUGCUCCUGUGAUCCAAGAGUAGAGGAGGCCUGGGUUUCUCCCUGCUGGCCGGCGGAGGCCCCUCCUUCCUUCCAGCUGUGCCGUAACUCGGGAGGAAGGGCUGGGCGCCGGGGCCCUGCGGCCCAUCUGCAUGUCGGCCUGAGAUACCGGAGGCGGAGCUCUUAUCGGUGACCAGCUGGGAAUUCCGAGGCAGCGGCUCCCUGCGUGCUCGGUCACCUGUUCGGGCGUGUCUGGGGGCCGAGUCAGGGUGCAGAGUCCUGGCGUGUGUCCGAGGCCUUCAGACACACUUCUGACAAGCUCACUGGAGUCUCAGAAGCACCACCUUGGGGUUUCAGAAGCCAUGGGAGUCCAGGAAGUAGAAAGAAGAAGCUGGUGAGCUUGCUGGGUUCUGGUGUCUGAGACUUCCGCCCCGGGAUUCCGGGACGCCAGGUAGGGAAGCCUUUGUCAUCUCUUUCAGAACAGGGGGGCCGAGAGCAGGGGCUUGUAAAUUCUGGGCUUUGUAAAUUCUUGGCUGUUCACCCCACGCUGGGUGCUUAUCUGGCUGAGAGUGUGCAUUUUUCUGGCACCCAGGGAGCAGCGCCCUGGGAGUGGGAGAAUGAACUUGGGGGACUCCUGGGGCUGGAGUGGGGGGCCGUGUGUGCACCCCCUGCCCCAAACAGCAGAGUCUUUCUGCUGGAGCCAUUUGGCCUGUGUGUUCUUGGGGGACCACACCUCCCGGGGGGAGGGGUGCUGGGGGAGGGGCCGGGUUCCAGCGCCCCUCCUAGCUGGUGUUUCGCUUGGCCCUUGAGAACGUUGGGACCUAGGACCCUGUAACUCCGGGGCCACUGUUGCCCCCCUCACCCCUACCCUGCCCCUCACUGUAGCUUCACAAACACACCUGCCAGCCGCAGCUUCUUCAGGGGGUUGACUGCCAUCACACAGCAGCCCCCCAUUUUCCCUGAGUCACAGAAAUAAACACAGGAGGAAGGAACAGCCGGGCUCAUUUGACUGCAGUAGUUCCCCUUGCUGAGCAAGGCCCAGGCCUGUGUUGAAAUCAUGGUACUGGGUGAAGUCUUUCUCUGCCCUCGGUGGCCCCUGGGGGUUCUCUGCCCCCAUCCCUGACCCCUGUACUGUGGUCUGGUGUGUGCCUGGCCCGGCAGGUCCUCCUCCUGCCACGUCCUCUGGGCUAUCGCGGGCGCGACUGCUUCUCCUCUGGGUCUGGCACUUGGACACGCCUGGUGCUGUGACCCCGUGAGGAUCAGGCCGUCAGACCUGGCGGGGGAGGUGCACGCAGCCCAGCAAUCGCAGCCGGCGCCGUGAGCACGUGAGAUGAGCCCAGUGUCCCCGGGGACCUGGAUCUUAAAUUGCAUUUAGUUUUCGUUACUUAACAUUUAUGGGCCCCACGUGGUUGGCAGCCACCCUAUGGGAGCUGCAGCGCUGGAGCCCCCAGAAGUGGUGACAGCGUGGCCUGGCUGGGCCUGGCUCCUGGAUCGUCACACGCUCCAGGUUGGACCACGGGGCUGGGACUGGGGCUGGGGCUGAGGCCUGUCCACCGUGUGAGGUUGAGCCCGAUUGAAUGCCGGGGGGAGGAGCCCUUUGCAGCCAAGUUUCCGGGAGUGGGAGACGGCUGCGGGCUGUCUGCUGUGCUGCCCUGACUCUGGCUCUCCUUCCCAGGUACAGCGUCCCCUUCGGUCUCCUGCAGGGCCGUCGGGGACCUGGGCAGCAUGGCCCUCUCCGGCCCGGAGGUGGAGAAGCAGGUGCCGGCGGAGCCCAGGCCGGGCCGCAUGCUGCAGUCCUGGUGGAGCCUGGUGUUCUGCCUCUGCUUCUACGGCUUCAUGGCCCAGAUGCGGCCCGGGGAGAGCUUCAUCACGCCUUACCUCCUGGGCCCCGACAAGAACUUCACGCAGAAGCAGGUCACCAACGAGAUCACGCCGGUCCUGUCCUACUCCUACCUGGCAGUGCUGGUGCCCGUCUUCCUGCUGACCGACUACCUGCGCUACAAGCCGGUGCUGCUGCUGCAGGGCCUGAGCUACGUGUCCGUGUGGCUUCUGCUGCUCUUCGGCUCGUCCGUGCUGCACAUGCAGUUCAUGGAGUUCUUCUUCAGCAUCACCAUGGCAGCCCGCAUCGCCUACUCCUCGUACAUCUUCUCGCUGGUGCCCCCCGCCUGCUACCAGCGCAUGGCCGGCUACUCGCGGGCCUCCGUGCUGCUGGGUGUCUUCACCAGCUCCGUGCUGGGCCAGCUGCUGGUCACGAUGGGCAGGGUCCCCUUCUCCACGCUCAACUACAUCUCGCUGGCUUUCCUCACCUUCAGCCUGGUCCUCACGCUCUUCCUGAAGCGCCCCAAGCGCAGCCUCUUCUUCAACCGCGGAGCGCCCGCGUGUCCCGGGGCCUCGCCCUCCGAGCUGGACCGGAUGAACCUGGGCCAAGUUCAGCCCACGGGUGGGAAGCCGGGCCGGCUGCCGGCCUCCUGGCGGGACUCGGCGCUCGCGCACAUGCUCCGCGAGCUGGGCCGCACCGCGCAGCUGCCGCAGCUGCGCCUCUGGUCCCUCUGGUGGGUCUUCAACUCCGCCGGCUACUACCUGAUCGUCUACUACGUGCACAUCCUGUGGAACGUGGUCAACCCCACCACGGACACCACGAGGGUCUACAACGGCGGGGCGGAUGCCGCCUCCACUCUGCUCGGUGCUGUCACCUCCUUUGCCGCCGGCUUCGUGAAGAUCCGUUGGGCGCUGUGGGCGAAGCUGAUCAUCGCGGUGGUGACGGUGCUGCAGGCUGGGCUCAUCUUCCUCAUGUACAAGACCAGCAACAUCUGGCUGUGCUACUCGGCCUUUGUGCUCUUCCGUGGCUCCUACCAGUUCCUGGUGCCCAUCGCCACAGCUCCGCGCCCUUGUCUUCGGAGUCAACACGUUCCUCGCCACUGUUCUCAAGACCAUCAUCACCCUCGUUGUCUCCGACAAGCGGGGCCUGGGCCUCCCGGUCCGCUCUCAGUUCCUCAUCUACUCUGUGUACUUCCUGGUGCUGUUUGCCGCCUAUGUCCUUGCGGCCUUGCUGGCGGGCCUGCGCCACUUCCAACAGGGCCGCCACCAGCCCCUGCCGCCGGCCCAGGAGCUGAUGAGCCCGGUGCGGGAGCCGGCCGCGCAGGACGGGCCCGCCCCAGAGGCCGGCAUGCGAGCCGUGGGGGAGCCGAUGCAGCGGCCCGAGGCCAAGGCCUGACCCUGCCCGACCUGCUCUCCUGGCCGGCGGGCGGCCAGAUUCCUGACAGCAGAGGCAGCGAGCCUGGGCCUUGGCCUCACAGCUGACACGUCCCCAGCAGCCGCCUGUCUUCUGGGUGUCCGCAGCCAGGUUUCCGGCAUCGUCCACAUCGUCAGGUUGUGGCAGGGGUGACUGUCGGGCCCCCGUGCUCCGUCCCUGAGACCCAGGCCUCGGGGGCCUCCAGCCUCUGCGAGGGGCCCUUGGCUCACCCCGGGCGGGGCACUCCUCAGCCCUGCUUCACGCCCUGGCCAUGACCCACGGCCUGCCGGGGGCGCUCAGGCAGCUGCCCGGCCACUGGGGGCUGGUUUGCUGUCCCUGCCUACACGUGGCUGGUGCGGGGGGUCCACGUGCCCGCCAGACCUCCCUGCUUUCACCCCCUUGUCCCAGGGAAAUGGCACAGUGGUCCCAGACGCAAGCCCAGGGGACCCGGUGCCCACGGGGCGUCCCGGGCCCUGGGGGUGGGGUCCGUGUUCCUGAGCCCGUGGCUGGACCGUGACGUCCGCGCUUGUCCAGGUGCCUCCGUUGUAAACAAUGCUGUGUUCCUUUUUUAAAAAAACUGACCAAAA